GGUGUGGUCGAACUGCUGAAAAUUAAAAAGGUUGGGCUUGGUCCACGACGAAAGUGAAAUGGAUGUGGUGGCUGGGGCUGUUGUUAAGAGCAAAAUAAAGGGAUUAACGAAGGAUUUAGAGAGUGCUGUUGGGUUAAAUGAAGAUCAAGCAACAUGUCAAGCUACAAAUGAAGCUUUUAAGCAGGAAGAACAGAAACGACGUGAUAAAAUACUGGAAAAAAGGCGUCAAGAAAGAUUACAGCACCGUAAAGAAAAGGAAUCAGAGCGUGAUAAAAUUCGCUCUAAGUAUCAGUUACCGGCAAAAGACAAACCUGCUGCUUUAUCUUCUGAACCAUCACAAGAAAGUAAAUCUUGUGUCCUUUCAUAAAUUUAAUCCUACCAAAACAAAUUGAUUUUAAUAGCAAUAUUGACAAUCAAUUGUUUUACACUAGAUAUUACUUAACUAUAUGUAGUGUUGACAUGUGUACAUUGUCAAAUAAUGUAAGAGUAACUGUUUUUUUUUACAAGAUUUUUAAAGUUCCGGUAAUGGUGUGUGCAUCACUUUAAUAUUAAAAA